UGCUAACUCCAUCCAACUGGCCCAUGUGCCAUUAUUAGCCAUAUAAUUUAUCUUUUUUCUUUUCUCAAUCUUAGCCCUUUAAAAUAAUGAUUUUCCCUCUCUAUCCAUGUCUUUGAUAACUGGGUCAGACUUGGUUAAACACAACUUGCUUAUUUUACUCUGAGAGGGCAUUCAGGUAAAUGAGCACUCAACUUGUCCCUGUUUCUGCAAUCUGUCUAUACAAUUAAAAUCCAAUAAGAUUUGGCCUUCAAGUGUCCUGACUCGCUCCUAAAUUUGAGAAAGGAAAGAGUUAGUUUGAGAGCAAAAGGAAGAUGGCCAAUCUUAGAAGCUGUAGAUUUCACUUAUUGUUUGCUUUUCAGUUUCUUUUGUUUGUACAAACCAAAGUGUUAUGUUAUCAGUACAAGGUUGGUGAUUUACAUGCUUGGGGAGUUCCCACUUCUGCAAAUCCAUUGGUCUACGCCAAGUGGUCCAAGUACAACAACCUCAGGAUUGGAGAUUCUCUCUUGUUUUUGUACCCACCAAGUCAAGAUUCAGUGAUUCAAGUCACUGAAUCAUCCUAUAAUUCAUGUAACAUUACUGAUCCAAUCCUGCACAUGAACAAUGGCAACUCUUUGUUUAAUGUAACUACAAAUGGGGAUUUUUACUUCACUAGUGGAGAGCCGGGGUAUUGUGCAAAGAAGCAGAAACUACAUAUAACUGUUGGGAAUGUGUCUGCUUACUCUCCUUCUUCCGAUCCCGGUGCAUUGCCUGACUCUGCACCAUCUUACCCUACUGUGUUUGGUCCAAUUCCACAGCCACCUUCUACUUCUUCUUCACCAUUGCAGCUAAGUUUUUCAGUCUUCUUAACAGCUGUUAUUGCAUCAACAGCAUCUGCAAUAUUCAGUGGCAUCAUGUGAAGCGCAUAACUAUUCAGAUUUCAGCUACUUUUCUGCUGUAAUUCUUCACAUUUUUUGCAUAUUACAGUUUUCUGUAUAAUUGGUUCUAUGAAUUUUGGCGUGUUGGUUCA